CAUAUGUUGGAAGAAAGUAGCAAAUAAGUGAAACAUCUUUCUUCUGUACUUACAGACCUUCCCAGAGCUAGCCCAAGUGUUAACACAGCUAGGAACUCCAUCUUCUUCCCCUCCCCAUUUUCUGCCUUUGAGCCCCACCCAAUCCUUCUGGUUCCAUUCACCACCUAUAAACUCCACUACACCUUCUAUUUGGUGGCAAAGCUUCCUCUCUCUCUCUCUCUCUCCCGCUUAUCUGCCCAAUAGUCCAACUUCCAUUUCAGUUCUAGAGAGUGGAGAAUAAUGGAUGUGUGGGCCAGAGAGCUGUUUGCAGAGGUGGGGCUUUCAGGUUGUUUACAGUUCAGUUCCUAGAUCAAAAGGAAGAGAUAGUAUAACUAGUAUGAGGUAGCCAGGAGAAGUGACAAUGUCCAACAGUAACUCAUCUUGAGCUCUGGAGAUGAGAAAUAACCCUUCUCCCCAGGCUUAGCAAUUCUUCCGUCCAUUUCUUCAUGCUUCCAAGGGCAGCACAGUGCCUCCCCUAGCGUAAAGUGGGAGUCCAGAGUAGGCACUAGCUGAUAAGGAAGCAACAGUCUAUACUACAUUCUUAUCCCAGAUUUGAACACUUCCUGUGAGCCAGAAAAACCAUGUGGAAAGCAGAGAAGCUAUAGCCAUACAGGAUUUCCUCUUUCUGUUCUCUUAACUGCAUGUGCAUGUGGUUAUUUCAAAAUAUAGGCUUUUUCAGGGUGGAGGAAAACGCUAUUCUUUAAUGUGACAGUGUGUGAUGCUAAAUUAUAUACGUCUCUGAAAAGUUAUUGGUUUGUGUUUUGUCUUGUUCUAAUGAUCUGUGCUAUCGAUUGCACUUCUUUUUACAUUUUGUUUUCUAUCAGGAGAUUCAAGGUCUAGAGGGAUAUAAGCCAUCCUUUAGAUGGAGUGCUUCAGUAACAAUGUGUUUUGGUGAAAACCACAGUUCUGUGAAAUGCAGAUUGCUAAAAUAGUUUUAAUUAUUGUUACAAGUCUAUGAACUGUAAUACUCUUUUGUGCUGUAUAGCUGGAGAGAUCAAUCUCCUAGAUAGUGAUCUGAGUGCUGAAACUAAAGUCAAACACACUUGGACUCCUGGUGCCCUGAUGUAUUAUGGAAGAGCGGAGCUGCAGGCAUCUGAUCACAGGCCCGUGUUAGCUAUUGUAGAAGUGGAAGUCCAGGAAGUUGAUGUAGCUGCCCGCGAGAGCGUUUUCCAGGAAGUGUCAUCCUUCCAGGGACCAUUGGAUGCCACUGUAAUGGUAAAUCUCCAGUCACCAACCCCUGAAGAGACAAACGAAUUUCCCGAGGACUUGCGGACUGAGCUUAUGCAAAUAUUUGAGAAUUAUGGCACCAUUGUUCUUGUCAGGAUCAAUCGAGGUCAGAUGAUGGUAACAUUUGCAGACAGCAGGUCAGCUCUCAGUGUUCUGGAUAUGGAUCGUAUCAAGGUCAAGGGCAGAGCAGUGAAUAUCCGGCCUAAGACGAAGGAUUGGCUAAAGGGCUUUCAGGAGGAAAUUGCUCGAAAACGAGAGAGCAUUGCACCCAUGUCACCCACAGCGAACUCCUGUCUGUUGGAGGAAAACUUUGAUUUUUCAAGUUUGGACUAUGAAUCAGAAGGUGAUAUACUAGAUGAUGAGGAAGAUUAUUUGGAUGACAUGCUGCCUCAGCACCCAGGAGCAGAGAUGACAGAAGGUUUACCUGAGGGUCCUGAAUAUUUUACGGUUGUACCCACAGUAACUUCAAGCAAAUCUCCACUGCUUACUGCAAGAAAGCCACAUCCAUAUAAAGAUGAUGCUGACCUAGCUGAAUUAAAGCAGGAGCUGGAAGUAGGUGGGGGGCUUCGCCAUCGGUCUCCAAGCAGAUCUCUGUCUGUUCCUGACAGGCCUCGCCCGACUCAGCCACCCCAGAGACCUCCCCCUCCAGCUGGAAUAUCUGUCAAAAAAUCUCCAUCCGCUGGUUCCCUCUCCUCAGGUGGCCACACCCUGUGCUCCAUCCUGCAGACGGCAAAGCUUCUCCCAGGGGCGCCUCAGCAACCACCUAAAGCCAGGACUGGAAUAAGUAAGCCUUAUAACGUCAAGCAGAUCAAAACCACCACAGCUCAGGAAGCGGAGGAAGCUAUUAGAUGUCUGAUGGAAGCAAAAGGAGGAACACAAGAGGAUGCUCUGAAGCCUGCUCCAGUAAGAACCCAAACAUUCACUCAGCCUGACUCCCUUCCCAGCAUCACAAAGUCAGCAUCAUUUCAGGGGUCACAACCAGGACCAAUGCUCGUGCCCCAUCGUCCUCCACCCAAAGUUCCGACCGUAAAGAAGCCAGUGCCCCUGCAAAGAACUGGAGUCAAAUCAGAAAAUUCUGUGUGUCCGGAAGAGCAGCUUGACCAGCAGCCUGUCCGCUUUCACAUUGGACUGUCCGAGUCCUGCCCUGAAACCAGAGCCGUUACCAGUCCCACCAGGAUCACCCCCAUUCCUAAGCCAAGAACGACGAUGCCUGGGAAAGCACCCGAGAGAAGCAGCAGCAGCAGCAACAGGCAGCCUCCCAGCCCAGGCACUUCAGAGGAAAGUGCGCUGCCUCUGCAGAACUCCUUUGCCCCAAAGGUUCCACCACGAAGGAAGAAGUCUGCUCCUGCUGCCCUUCACCAGCAGGUGCUUCAGAGCAGUAACAGUCUGCUUCUUAGUGGCUUAACAUUCAAUUCCAACAACAACAAUAGUCCUUCUGAGUACCACCCUCCAAUACAGGACUCUGACAUCCUCCCCGUUUCUCACAGAGACUCCGAUCUUUCAGCUCCCACACCCACUGCCAGCCCAGACAGCAGUGGCACUAAGCACUUGACACCAACUGCUGUGGACUUUAUUGUUGACCUUCAAGGCCCUCCUGCCCCAGACAUCCAGCAGCCACAGCUGUUAGACACCAAUUCACUAACAGAGAGCGCCAAUCUCUUGGACCUGGACACAGAUGUUUCUUUUCCUUUUUCCAUACCAGCAACAACUAACCCAACACACACUCUGAGAUAUUUGAAACUCCCCACCCCAAAAGAUUUCAGUCACUGGGUUACAUUUAGUGAUGAUGAAGACAAUGGUACGUUAUCAGAUGGAGUCAGCAAACUGCUGGUCUUAGAGCAAAACAAAAAUACCUGGAUGGACACAAAUGCUAACUUGGAGUUAUGAGAUUUUUUUUUUUUUCUCUACAGCAAUCUAAUUCUGAUACAAGAUAAAAAUCUGCUUUGAAUACAGAGUUGUACUAAGUGGGGCAAGGCCACAUUUUAUUUUUGGGUUUAAAAAAAUACUAGUAUGAUCGGGGGGGGGGGGAGGAAUACAAGACAUCAGGCAAAACUGUACUACUUGCAAAAAAAAUCUUUAGUCUAAAUUAUUUCCCUUUUUCUAAUGCAACUGAAAAGUAAAGUGACAGUUCCGGUACAGAGUAUUUUUUUUAAACGUAUGUAAUGAUGUAUGAAGACAAUAAGAAAAAAGUUUAUAGGUAUAAUUUAUAUUUCAAAUAAUUUCUAACACUUAAAAUAAAGACUUGUCACAUGGUAAAAUUUACCCGCAGAACUACCGCAGUAUAAUUCUACUACUACACUAAUGCGGAGGGAAUAGUGUCCCCAGGAGGAAUUAUCCUGGAAUAACUUUAGCAGUAUAAUUACACCACUAAAAUUCUGAUGGUAAAUAUGCUGUAGACAAGUCCUGUGCUGCAUCUCUUUCAUGUGAUCUACAACUAGCUGCAGGUUCUGUAACCUCCUGGUACAAACCUGCUGGCUAAAUUCCUCAAUUCUUCGCCAUUAUUGUUAAGUAAGAAGGGUGGAGAGAUGUUGGGUGGAGGAUGUUAUGGAUUAGGUGCUCUCUAUUUUGAGGAACAUGCUUGUUUUUAAUCUCAACCAUGCAAAUACACACAGAUAUGAUGGGCUCUUUAUCAGCGUGUGUGAUACUAACAAUGAUACACUUAUGAAAAUUAUUCUAGCAGCUCAUGUUUUCUUUCAGUGCAUCCUCUCCUCUACGUUCAGAUUUAACUGGUUCUGUUCUGUUCAGUGCAACCUAAUGCUAAACGACUUGCUAUCCAGUUAAAAGGCACAUGGACAAUGACUGUCUGUAACUUUGGAAGGGACCAUGCAGGCAACCUGCUAGUAAACAUUCCAAUUGUCUGCGUACUGUAUGUAUAGUCACUGAUGGACGCCUGUAGAAGUACACUAGAUGUUUGACCACUACUCCUACCUUUGCUCCCCUCUGUUUCUUUGCAAGGAAAUAACAUGUUCGUGGUUAGCUACUAAUGCAAUAAUAAAUGAUGAGCAAAGGGCUGUCUGUAUGUUUACAUGAGUGCUACACUAGCCGGCCAUAUUCAGCAUGAGCAAGAGUAGCAGAAGCGAGCCCUAGCAUGGAAAGGUGGUUUACUAAUUUCUACCCACUGAUGGUAAAGAUGUGUGCUGGCCCCUGGAGAGCGUACAGGUGCACCUUCCUUAUUCACCUGUGCUGAACAGGUGUAAGGCAAUUAAAGCACUAUCCGCCAUUUGGAAAUGAACCUUUAGCACCUACAUCGGGGACAGCAAAUCUGAGAAACUGUGUGACAGCACCACUUGUCAAGAAUUAUAUUCCAUUAAGAAAAUGGUAAAGGGAGACGGUUAACCUUUUAUUUAAGGGAGCUACUCAAGGGGAAGUGAGAGGAAACCAGAAAAUAAGGCUAGGAGCAAACUUGGAAGUGGAAUGCUUUAUGCAGAUUUGUCUCCCCAGAUACUGUCAGAUCACUGAAGCAAUGAAUAGAAUUAAAGGACAUUGAGAUUUCAGUGGGAGGGGGAAGAUGGGGGUAGCAAAAAUACCCUUUAAGAAAACACUAUUACUUAUGUGCAACUGUUUUGUAAAAGACAGGCUGUAAAACUAACUAAUUCCAAGAGCAUGAAAGAGUUUUGUCAAACUGACUCAGAAUUCACCGUGGUCCUCUGCUUGUUAGGGUCAACUCUGUAGGAAAAUACUGAUAUGACAGUGAUGGGUGCUGUGUAACAGCACAGACCAGUAUCAGUGGGUUGCAGCUACACCAACAGUGCAUCUGAGAUUAGGGUAACUAAAAUGCACUCAGCUUUAGCUUAUUCUAUACAAGUCUUUGCAAACACUUGGAGGGUUUAAUGCUAUAGCCAACCUUAUUUUUCUGUAAUCACAAUGGAAGCGUUAGAAAAGUCAAACCCCAGAAGAGCUAGAUAGGGAAUAACAACAUAUCAUGAUCCAUGUUUCAGAAAUAAUAGUCUGGGGAAAGCAUCUUGAACAGGGACCUUCCCUAGCUACUCUUCAAACAAAUACAGAUACUCUCCUGCAACUGCUACUUUACUUUCCUCCUCAUAUUUACCUAGCACUCUCGCAGGCAUCAUAAGCUACAGGACCAAUGUUUCUAGUGGAACUAUAGUGCAGUUAACAUGCAAUUCUCACAAAAUGCUACAGCUGCUGUCAAGUUAGAACAGGCCAUCAUAGCAAAGUCACCUCUGCAUUUGCCAACCACUAUGGCAUUUAUGCUUUUCAAAUGCCCAAGAUUUAGCUAAAGGGAAGAUAGUCUGGAUUUCAAAUGAGGCCUUUUUGUGUGCGCUAGCUACACAUUACCUGUGGUAAAUUUGUGAAGCAUUUACAUU